AUGCGGCUACAUCCGUGGUCCACCGUCUACUUGGUCGGUGCGAUCGCAGGGUCGAUCCCUUUUGCGACCUCUCAUGAACUGCAUCUCCCCUAUCUCCCAGCCAUCCAGCCCAAUGUGCAAUCCGACACGGAGUCCGACUCCUGUCUGUCACUCAAAUGGUCCAUCAUCAAUGGCUCUCUCUUCGCCAAUGAUGACCAGGUCUUCCCACCGUCCAUGCCCAUGCAACUGCAUGCGCCGCGAUUGACGGACGGCGUGGCCGUGGCCGGCGAGGAUGUCGAGCUCGUGUUCGCCCUCGAAGCGCGCCCGCUGUCAUCAGAUGAAGUUGGGCCGACGUCAAGCAUCGUGCGAGUGCGUGUCGACCUGAUGGACGCCCAGGGCACGCCGGUCACACCCAACGCCGUCGUGCUCGACCUACUGGCGCACCCCGAUGGCAGUCAGCGCAUUACCCGCAUCCGCAUGGAGCCCGGGCCCGGGCGCCACCACCAUGGGGGCGCCAACCGACCCUGGCACAUGAAGUUCUGGCAAACUCAGAUGAGCGCCUUCCUCAAGCACACCCAGCACGACUCCGGCCACCAGAAAAACAGUCCGCACUCGUCCGCCAGCGGUUCUGCUGCCGCUGGCGCGCCCGCACACCCGAAGAGCGCCGCCCCCGACGACAGCAGUUCAGCAGAAUCCCAAGUCGGAUUCGCCUUCUCGCCCUACUGGUCUCCGCCGACUUACUCCCACCGCGGUGGUCAUCACUCGUCUCACCACCGCGACCGCCCCUUCUUGCGCCUGGUGCGCCCCGUCAUCCUGCCGGCCGUACUGGGCGCCGUCGCGGGCCUGGUAGCUUGCUUGGUAGGCUUCGUCAUCGGCCAUCUAUGCAUGUCCCUCUCCGUCCGUCUCGGGCUCCGCAAGCGAAAGCAACCCCGACGCUUCCGUUCCGCCUCCGUAGAAGAUGGCUCUCAAUCGGAGAAGGCCCAACUCCUGGUACCGGAAAUCUAUGUGACGGAUACCAAUUCGGAAGCGUAG